AUGUCAUCUUUGAAGUAUAUUCAGUACCAAGGUCUUCUCAUGAGCACUGCGGCACACAGUUGGGAGAGCUUGGAAUAUGCCCAGAAUUUCCCUGUGCAACACACGGAUGUGUUUGCUGUGACCUAUCCUAAGUCAGGUACAGUCUGGAUGCAGGAAAUUCUUCCACUGGUGCUGAACGGAGGAGAUCUGACCCCUGUCCUCACAAUUAGAAACCAUGACCGGGUUCCCUGGCUGGAAUGCAAACAACUUGCAGAGAUUGUGGACAGGCUGACUUCUCCCCGCGCUCUUGUAACACAUCUUCCAUACAGCCUUAUGCCUCCUUCCUUCCAUGCUUCCAAAGCCAAGGUAAUCUAUGUAACAAGGGACCCAAAGGAUGUCUUAGUGUCGUCAUAUUACUUCCACCAGAUGGCAGCCUUUCUCGAGGACCCGGGAACCUUUGAUGAGUUUCUGGGAAAAUUCCUGGAAGGGAGAGUGCCGUUUGGAAAAUGGACAGAGCACGUGAAGAGCUGGAAAUCAGCAGAACUGGGUGACAGGAUCCUGUUCAUUACUUAUGAAGAAAUGGUUCGGGACCUGCCUGCAUCUAUCAGACGCAUUUCUGACUUCCUCGGCAGUAAUCUGAGUGAUGAGGUCAUUCAGAAGAUAGCGGAGCAGUGCUCCUUCCGAAGCAUGAAGGACAACGACAUGUCCAACUUCAGCCAUGUUUCAAACCAGUACAUGGACACCAACAAGUCUUCUUUCCUUCGUAAAGGGAUUGUAGGAGACUGGAAAAACCACUUCAGCUCAGAGCAACUGGUCCGAUUUGUCUCAGUGAUGAACCAAGAGUUAAAGGAGGAAAGCUCCUGUCUGCCAUGGAGCCUGGACUGACCAGCAAAAAUACAAUUAUACUGUGGUGUACAUGUUGGUGAGGUUCCUCUCACCCAGAAGGCUUUGGGGUUUCAGGGGGCGUCUUGAAGGAGCCCGUAUGUGGUUUGCAUGCUCUUCAUUCUGUUUGGAGUGACGAGAGGAAUAAAGUUCUCAUCUACUUCUUCUCACGCUACAAUACAUUUAAAAAACAUCUAGUCAAAAAUAAAAUAUCAGUCUAGUAAGUAAACAUUAAAUGUAUUAAAAUUAAAGAUGAGGAUAAUGACCAAAUAUUUACAAUUGAACAAAGUUCAGUCUUCAGUUAUGUGUACAUUUGCUCAAUUUUUAAUCUUUAAAAAGUAACAGUGUUUGUGCUUUUGCAUUGAAUGGCAACUGUGCAAUACCCUGUUGUAUUUAUAUCUAAUCGUUCAGCAUGUCUUCUUCAUUUAACUUUUUAUGAGUGAAGAGUUAAGGACCUGGUUAAAUUAUUUAUAAUUUAUUAUCAUGAAAUAAUGGGUGCUGUAACAAGAGCUAGAAACUAUUAAGGGUAUUCGGAUGGAGCCUGUG